UCCUUCGUUCUCCUCUCCUCACCCACUUCAAAUUAUUGAACGGUCUCGUUUCCUUUUCUCACCGACAAGCACAGAAACACACACAGCAUUUUCUCUCUCUUCUUUACUCUCUCCAAGCUUCGAAUCUCUCUCUCUCUCUCUCUACCGUGUGUCCCUUUCCUGAAUGUCAAAACAGCGACCUCAACAAUGGCGACACCAAACCAUAGCCAACCUCACCUCUUCUUCUUCUUCUUCUUCUUCUUCUUCUUCUUCUUCACUUGCAUUGCAGUCUCGCAUGUUUUCUAGGUCAGCACAAGUUCUUCUCUAACUGUAAACUCUGUUAAAAAAAGAAAAAAAGGAACUGAAAUGGAGAAGAGUAGUAGAGCUAACUCUCGGUUUUUCGCUGAUUUUGUUCUGUUAAUCGCGACGGCGAUCUUCGCUCUCUGUGUUGUUGAAGGGACUACUGAUUCGUCUGACGUUCAAGCUCUUCAGGUUAUCUACAAUUCACUGAACAAUCCUCCGCAGCUAACUAAUUGGAAAACGAGUGGUGGAGAUCCUUGUGGAGAGUCAUGGAAAGGGGUUACUUGCCAGGGUUCUUCUGUUGUUUCAAUUCAGAUUUCUGGGUUGGGACUCAAUGGGACAAUGGGAUACUUGCUUUCGGACUUUCUGUCGCUAAGAACAUUAGAUAUGAGUGACAACAAUAUUCACGAUGAUAUUCCAUAUCAGUUGCCACCGAACCUUACGACCCUAAAUCUUGCAUACAAUAAUUUGAGCGGGAACCUACCUUACUCCAUUUCUAGCAUGGUUUCUCUCAAUUACUUGAAUGUUAGCCGGAAUUCUCUCUCUCAGUCAAUUGGAGAUAUAUUUGCUAAUCUUGCUGGACUUACAACCUUGGAUCUCUCUUUCUGCAACUUAACUGGCAAUCUUACCAGUUCCUUCAGCGCAUUAUCCAAUCUCUCUACCCUUCAUGUGCAGAACAACCAAUUAACUGGUCCUCUUGAUGUUUUGGCUGGUUUGCCUUUGACAGAUUUAAAUGUUGCAAACAACCAUUUCAGCGGGUGGAUACCAAAAGUACUUAUUUCUAUCCCUCAUUUUAUAUAUGACGGAAAUUCAUUUGAUAAUAGUCCUGCUCCUCUGCUGCCGCCAUAUACCUCACCCCCCCCUAGUAGACCACAUAGUAAUCACAGCCAUUCUCCUCCAGGUGCACGUGCAUCUUCAGGUUCUAAUGGCCAACUAUCCAAUCCAGAUGAUGGAAAUAAAAAGGGGUUGACCACUGGAUCUAUUUUAGGCAUAACUCUAGGCUCUUUGUUUGUGGUUCUCUUUGUGAUGCUUGUGCUUGUGUUUUGCCUCCAAAAGGGCAAAAGGAAGGAACCUGCUGCUGUUAGAACUUUUGCAGGAAGUCUCCCUGUUAGCACAGAUAAAGAGAUGCAAGAGCAGAGGAUGAAAUCCACGGCUACUGUGGCAGAAUUGAGGCCCCUGCCUGCAGAAAAAUUAAUGGCGGAACGGAUACAAGGGAAAAAUGGAUCUGUAAAGAGAGUGAAGUCCCCUAUAACUGCUGCUUCUUAUACAGUUGCUUCUCUCCAAACAGCCACAAACAGCUUCAAUCAAGAAAAUCUUAUUGGUGAAGGUUCCCUUGGUCGUGUUUAUAGAGGAGAAUUUCCUAAUGGAAAGAUAGUGGCCAUUAAGAAGAUCGACAAUGCAGCGCUCUCACUGCAGGAGGAAGAUAAUUUUCUCGAAGCUGUUUCAAAUAUGUCACGUCUGAGGCACCCGAACAUUAUUACGUUGGUGGGCUAUUGUGCGGAGCAUGGCCAACGUCUUCUGGCUUACGAUUAUAUUGGAAAUGGCAGCGUGCAUGAUAUGCUACAUUUUGUUGAUGAAAGGAACAAGAUGCUAACAUGGAAUGCACGUGUUAGAGUAGCACUUGGCACUGCUCGAGCUUUAGAGUACUUGCAUGAAGUGUGUCUGCCUUCUGUUGUACAUAGAAACUUCAAGUCGGCAAACAUUUUACUUGAUGAAGAGCUCAAUCCUCACUUGUCAGACUCUGGUUUAGCUGCUUUAAACCCAAAUACAGAGCGACAGGUUUCAUCAACCCGAAUGGUUGGUUCAUUUGGUUACAGUGCUCCCGAAUUUACUUUAUCUGGAAUAUACACUGUAAAGAGUGAUGUGUAUAGCUUUGGGGUGGUGAUGUUGGAGCUGUUGACAGGUCGUAAGCCGCUGGAUAGUUCAAGGGUGAGAUCGGAACAGUCACUUGUAAGAUGGGCUACUCCUCAGCUCCAUGAUAUAGAUGCCUUAGCAAAAAUGGUGGAUCCUGCACUAAAUGGCAUGUAUCCUGCAAAGUCAUUGUCACGUUUUGCCGACAUCAUUGCCCUCUGUGUUCAGCCUGAACCAGAGUUUCGGCCUCCCAUGUCUGAAGUUGUGCAAGCACUGGUCCGGUUAAUGCAAAGGGCGAGUGUGGUGAAAAGGCGCUCCGGUGAUGAAUCUGGUUUCAUGUACAAGACUCCAGAGCAUGAGGCAACUGACAUGUCAUUUUAGAUACCGAGACUCGAAACUGUUGGGGCCUAUGCAAUUUUGUAAACAAUUGUGCAAAGGACAAGGAGUGAUUGAAGCGCACAAGGAUUAGAGGAAAAAUUGUGAAAAGCGAUCACUGAUCAGAUCAGAAGGAUGUUGAGUUGUUUUAGCAUGCUACUUCACAAUGCGAGUGCAGGUGUAUAUUCGACUGAAGGUGAUGCUUUGAUAUUAUAACCGUCAUUGAAUAUUUUGAUCCAUGUCCAAAGGAAUUUUCGGUGUACUAAAACCUUUUGUUUGAUCACAAUGAAGUUCUGUGAAUUACCAAGAAAAAAAUCAAUAUUCGUUAGGGUGUCGGGGAAAACAGCUUCGAAUGCGAACUAUUUGUUGGCCUGUGCAAUGAUUACACUAUUGGUCCCUUAAGUUUGAGUAAAGUUUCACUUUAGUCCUUAUAAUUUCAA